CUUUGUAUUCAAAAGUCAAGCCACAGUCCUUAGAAAUAAACAAAAAUCUAUUAUUGCGAUAGAGAUCUAACAGAAUGGAGACCCCAAACACAAACGUCUAUGAAUCGGUGCUGCCGCACAUCAUAGCCAUAUUGAAUUGCGAGCCACGUCAGAGCACCACUGUGGACGAUUUGUGCCACAAAGUUGAGGUCACUGCCCAGACGGAUGAUGUUGUGAUGCGGCACAUUCGUGCCUUUGAGACUCCAAUGACCGCUGUGAGCUAUGGCAUAGCGUUGGGCACUGACAUGGGCCUACUGGCCCACUCAAAUGGCAUGGUCCGCCUGGUCACCAAGCUGCCCAUACGCAGCUCUUCAAGCGAGCAGAGCGCCGUACAGGUCGAAUACACCGAUCUUCGCCGCAGCGUCGAGAAGGUGGAGCAGCCGCGGUUGAAUAAAGUCGACGAGGAGCUCUUGUUCAGCGACGAGAAUGGCCGCCAGUCUUACAGCGUCGAUGAGCCCCUCAUCCCGGGCCAGGUACUCCGCUCGGGAAGAAAGCUAGGGACAGGAAUGGUGGCCACUUGCUCAGCCCCACGUACCAUUGACGGACCAACUGAUGGACCUACUAACGGACAAACUGACGGAACAAAUGACGGACCUGAGCAGGGGAACUCCGAUGGUGACACCCAAAACGACACAGUCACCGGGGCUGACUUAGCUCCAAAUUAAAUUUUUUGUGCUCAUUCGUUAUAAUUAACAAUCAAAGCAUUAAUAAUGCUACACUAUUUGGCAUUUUCCACAAAUUCUUGUCACACCGUUUUGCUUUCUGAUAUCCUGAGUAUUGUUUAAUAAAGGAUUUGAUCUGUAAUUGCCAGA